UUAAGCCACCAAGUGAACUGGAUUCAAAGGAUGUGACUGGAACUUCAUGGUAUCAAACAGAGUUUGGCCUCACAAGCAAACCAAGACACCAAUUCAGACACACUAUAGAGAUUGAAGACCAGGGUGCAGAAAAGCUCUCUGCAGCUGAGAUCUCUGGUAGAAAUGAUGAAAUUGCAGUCAUUUGUAGACUUCAUGGCUUCAAAGCAGAUUGCACACUACAGCAACAAUUGAAGGCAUUGGACAUGGAAUAUCACCAAUUAAAGGAACAGGGGCAGACUGCCAAAUCUGAUUAUGUACAGUCACUCUACAGCUGGAAAGCUCAGCAAGCAGGGAAGGAUGGUAAAUUGAAACCAGUGGUCUCCGAUGAGCAUAAGUACAUCGAAUGGUCCCUGCUGAAAUACUUAGAUGCCUUGUCUCUUCAACCUCAGAGUUGGAAAUACAAUUUUCAUGUUGGUCGGUUGUACCUGUUCCAAAAAAAGAACAAUGAUGCACUGAAACAUUUACAGGUGGCACUAGCACAGAGACCAACAGAACCUUCCAUCAGAUUUUAUGCUGGCUUGCUUGUGCUAGAUCAGGAUGAUGGCCUGGGUCCUCAAACACGCUAUGCCAUUCAAUAUCUCCAACAGGGCUUAGAGCAAUUACUAACUGACCUUCAAACUCCAAGUGACAACUCAGCAAAUCAUGAACUCUCAUUUCUUCGGGCUUUAGAUACAUUUUCUCUUCAGAACAUUCAGUUGAUCAAAGGGAUAUACAGGCUAGGAACAUUUCUCUUCAACCCACCAGCAGGAUUACCUGAAAGAACAAUGUCUCCCGAACAAGUUCUUCACUUUGCUGUCGAUUUAACUUCCCGAAGCCUGUGCAAAUAUCCGUACCGUGGAAUUUUAAGUCAGGAAUUGGAAUUGAUACUGCUUGAGGCUCAUUUUACCCUUUUAGAAUUACUUGCCCAUCAGACAUUGGUAAAUGAGGAUUUGGUUUCUAAAAGAUGCCAGGCUUUGUCUGCACUGAUAAAAAGUACCAACCUUCAAACCAAUGCAGAACUUCAAGAGAUGCAACGAACGGUGUGCCAAUUAAGAGUUGAAACAACACCAUGCAACAGUAAUGCUCUGUACAUGCUUGGCUUGGCAUUCAUGGCUGAAUAUGACAGUGAGCCCACAAAAGAUAAAAAAGUUCUCCUUGAAGAUGCCUGCCUUUGUUUUCGAGCCAGCAUCACCCUGGAGAACAAACCAGUUGUUGGAACACCACCAGUGGAACUGACUAAGAUGCCGAAGAAGAGAGGAGGAGCGUCCGAGGCGACCCACGGCUCAGCCUGCAGGAUCCUCGGACUCUAUUUCCUACCAGGCCCUGGUGAAGGAGCUCACAAAAUCUCUUGA